CGAAGACCAGACAGCCAUGUCACUCUUGCAGCCAGAGGCACAUGUUCCUGGAUUCAAGGUCUAUCAGCUCACGGAAACCCAUGAUAGCCAUACCUUGUGCUUCCAAUUUACCGUGAUGGAAUCUUCCGUCUUUGCGUGGGUUGGAACUCCUGGAUCUGGGGCGGGCGAAGGUAGUACCACCGCAACUGGGCGACUGGACGGACUUGCAGUGGCAAUGCCCACUCGAUUUGACAAAACGGCAACAUCAACAUCACUUCUCCCCACUUCUGCUGACGAUGUUAGUGAGCGGAUAGCUAGACGCUUAGCCACAAAGCUUGGCAUACAAGUGUUCGUGUCCUUCAAUGUGCCAACCACUAAUGAAGAGCUUGCCUUGAUAGCGGAGCGUAGGUUGGCGGUACUGAUAAAAGAAACCUUGGCGAAAGCGGCUUCAAAUCAACAGGAAGAUGAGCCUAUCCCAGUCAGAUGAAUACAAACCAACCCUUUCUCUUUCGCA